AUGGCUCCCAUCCACAUCGGCUGCCCGCUCUACGAUUACCAGACAAUCGACAUCAUCGGACCAUGCGAUCUACUCAAUUCCGCGAGUAAGAUGCUCUUGGAGGGUAUCAACUACUACGCCCCCGUUGAUCCGAAACUUCUAGAAAAGGCCCCCGAAUUUGUCUUCCACCAUAUCGGCGAGACCCUGGAGCCGGUGCACCUGCUUACGAGCGCUGUAACCGUUGUUCCUACGAUCGCGGUGGACGACGUCCCCGAAUUGGACAUCCUCCUCGUCGGUGGUGAUAUCCCUGAAAAAACCAACCUUCCGCCAAAAUUGCAGGACCUUAUUCGCCGCCAUGCUGCCUCUGGAAAGUUGAUGUUCACGACUUGUACCGGAGCCGCGGUUGUUGCUGCCACCGGCGCUCUAGAUGGCAAGAGGGCAACGGUCAAUCGUCUCGAGUACAAUUGGGUUAAGAAGAGAUAUCCGAAUGUUAAGUGGACUAUGGAGAAGAAGUGGAUUGUUGAUGGCAAUAUUUGGACUGGGAGUGGAGCUGUGGCGGGGAUGGAUAUGGUUGCCCACUGGAUCAAGGAGACUUAUGGGCUAGACCUGCUUACCCAAGCGGCAUUGUCGCUUGAUUAUGAACCACGGGAUGCGGAUGGACUUUUCAAUGUUCUGACCCAGCGAUACGACUCGACUGGAAAAAAGCUUUCCACUCAUGUAUUUCCCGACGAGAUCUGA